AUGAGUCUAGAUCUUCAGAUGUCCAAAGCAGCUCCCGCCAAAAAACCAGCGGCCCCUCCCCGUGGAUGUACACUGGAUAUCAACAACCCCCAGGUUCAGAAAGCAACCAUUCUCAUCCAGGCCUCUUACCAGGACCACAGGUCCUGGAAGGAGCUGCGCGAGAAGGGGCCGCCGAGAGUGCUGGAGCCGCUGAAGGACGUGGUGCUGCUGAUGGAGUGCAGCGUGGCGAAACUGACUUGCCGUGUUUCGGCGUUCCCGGACCCAUUCAUCCGCUGGGGCAAGGACCGCAAGGAACUGGGCAACGGGCCCAAGUAUCGUUACAUCUUCAAGGACCCUGACAUAGUUGCACUGGUGGUGCAAGAUCGCGAGCUGCCAGAUCUGAGCCAGUACAGCAUCCAACGUAAGCAACCCCUUCGGCCAAAGGGACAGGAUAACACUAAGGCGCGCAAAGGCGCCACGGUAACGCCGAUUGCCGAGAUCUUGGGUGAGCCUGCGCCCGACAUGGACUGGGCCAAGAACGGGGAAGACAUCGAAGAAGACGACAGAGUGUUCUUUGAGAUCGACAGUACCUCCACGACGCUGACUAUCCGCCAGGCCACGCUGGAGGACAGCGGCAAGUACGAAGUGUACGUGGAGAACAGCCUGGGCAUGGACCAUCCAUCGCUCGCGUGGAUGUGGCCUGA